AGUGCCUGCGCGGGGCUGCGUGAGGGAGCGAGGGAGCGAGGGAGCGCGGCGCGGCCGCCGCGUGCGCGAGCCGGGGUUGCAGCCCAGCCGGGACUUUCCAGCCGGCGGCAGCCGCGGCGGCCGCCGGCUCUUCCCCGCCCCCCGCCAUGGGGCAGCCCGGGGAGCAGGACGCUGCGGACCGCGGCGGAGGACGCGCCCGGCGCCCCUGAGCCGGCCGAGCGGCGGCGGACCGCGAGAACUCCUCUUUCCUAAAAUGGAGUCGAGUAAAAAGAUGGACUCUCCUGGCGCGCUGCAGACUAACCCGCCGCUAAAGCUGCAUGCUGACCGCAGUGCUGGGACGCCAGUUUUUGUCCCUGAACAAGGAGGUUACAAGGAAAAAUUUGUGAAGACCGUGGAGGACAAGUACAAGUGUGAGAAGUGCCGCCUGGUGCUGUGCAGCCCGAAGCAGACCGAGUGUGGGCACCGCUUCUGCGAGAGCUGCAUGGCCGCCCUGCUGAGCUCUUCAAGUCCAAAAUGUACAGCGUGUCAAGAGAGCAUCGUUAAAGAUAAGGUGUUUAAGGAUAAUUGCUGCAAGAGAGAAAUUCUGGCUCUUCAGAUCUAUUGUCGGAAUGAAAGCAGAGGUUGUGCAGAGCAAUUAACGCUGGGACAUCUGCUGGUGCAUUUAAAAAAUGAUUGCCAUUUUGAAGAACUUCCAUGUGUGCGUGCUGACUGCAAAGAAAAGGUCUUGAGGAAAGACCUGCGAGACCACGUGGAAAAGGCGUGUAAAUACCGGGAAGCCACGUGCAGCCACUGCAAGAGUCAGGUUCCGAUGAUCGCACUGCAGAAACACGAAGACACCGACUGUCCCUGCGUGGUGGUGUCCUGCCCUCACAAGUGCAGCGUCCAGACUCUCCUGAGGAGCGAGUUGAGUGCACACUUGUCAGAGUGUGUCAAUGCCCCCAGCACCUGUAGUUUUAAGCGCUAUGGCUGCGUUUUUCAGGGGACAAACCAGCAGAUCAAGGCCCACGAGGCCAGCUCCGCCGUGCAGCACGUCAACCUGCUGAAGGAGUGGAGCAACUCGCUCGAAAAGAAGCGAGUGAUAGACAGCCAAGCAGAGAAACUGAAGGAGCUCGACAAGGAGAUCCGGCCUUUCCGGCAGAACUGGGAGGAAGCAGACAGCAUGAAGAGCAGCGUGGAGUCCCUCCAGAACCGCGUGACCGAGCUGGAGAGUGUGGACAAGAGCGCGGGGCAAGUGGCUCGGAACACAGGCCUGCUGGAGUCCCAGCUGAGCCGGCAUGACCAGAUGCUGAGUGUGCACGACAUCCGCCUGGCCGACAUGGACCUGCGCUUCCAGGUCCUGGAGACCGCCAGCUACAACGGCGUGCUCAUCUGGAAGAUUCGCGACUAUAAGCGGCGGAAGCAGGAGGCCGUCAUGGGGAAGACCCUGUCCCUUUACAGCCAGCCUUUCUACACUGGCUACUUUGGCUAUAAGAUGUGUGCCAGGGUCUACCUGAACGGGGACGGGAUGGGGAAGGGGACGCACUUGUCGCUGUUUUUUGUCAUCAUGCGUGGAGAAUAUGAUGCCCUGCUUCCUUGGCCAUUUAAGCAGAAGGUGACACUCAUGCUGAUGGAUCAGGGGUCCUCUCGACGUCAUUUGGGAGAUGCGUUCAAGCCCGACCCCAACAGCAGCAGCUUCAAGAAGCCCACAGGAGAGAUGAACAUCGCCUCUGGCUGCCCAGUCUUUGUGGCCCAAACUGUUCUAGAAAAUGGGACAUAUAUUAAAGAUGAUACAAUUUUUAUUAAAGUCAUAGUGGAUACUUCGGAUCUGCCCGAUCCCUGAUGAGUAGCUGGGGAGGUGGAUUUAGCAGAAGGCAACUCCUCUGGGGGAUUUGAACCGGUCUGUCUUCACUGAGGUCCUCGCGCUCAGAAAAGGACCUUGUGAGACGGAGGAAGUGGCAGAAGGUGGACGCGUGCCGACGGGAGGAGCCACGCGUGAGCACACCUGACACAUUUUAUAAUAGACUAGCCACACUUCACUCUGAAGAAUUAUUUAUCCUUCAACAAGAUAAAUAUUGCUGUCAGAGAAGGUUUUCAUUUUCAUUUUUAAAGAUCUAGUUAAUUAAGGUGGAAAACAUAUAUGCUAAACAAAAGAAACAUGAUUUUUCUUCCUUGAACACCAAAAAAACACACACACACGUGGGGAUAGCUGGACAUGUCAGCAUGUUAAGUAAAAGGAGAAUUUAUGAAAUAGUAAUGCAAUUCUGAUAUCUUCUUUCUAAAAUUCAAGAGUGCAAUUUUGUUUCAAAUACAGUAUAUUGUCUAUUUUUAAGGCCUCAUCUGGUCUCUGUUUUAAUAAUUUGUUUGUCAGAAGACCCUGAAGUAUACCUAGGUCUUUUUUUUGAAAGUCUCAAUUCAGAAUCAUUUUUUAAUUUAAAGUUCUACAAAUAAUUGUUACUGCAAACAUUUUAUUUUAAAACGUUGAUAGACUGAUAUUUCUUGGAAGAAAAUAUAAAAUAUCAAACACUGGUUAUCACUUGUGAUAGGAAAGAGAAUAUUCAACCUGUUGUUAUUUCUCGUUAGAAAUGUAAACCUUCAAUAUCUGUCGUAGUUAAUGACACGACUUCACAAUUCUGAACGGAGCCUCGCUCAUGGAUGCUGUGCAUCAUUUUCAGAUUUAUAAUUGUUUUCACCCUAAAAUAGGGCAUCCGUUGAACUUUGGAGUUCUAAACAAAAUCCUGUAGGUGUUUGGAUUCUGCCCCAUGUGUUCGGACGAGCUCUCUGUUGCUGACAGCACCGGCCUUCGGUCUCCAUGUCAGGGGUGGGCGGGUGACUGCUGAGGGAGGCCCGCAGGUGUGUUUCUCCAUCCCGUCAUCUUGCUGCAUGCCAUCAACAGUCUCCGAAAGCAACAUUGUGCAUAGAGCUGGUGGCAUACGGUACAUGUGCCUUAGAUGUGACAUGCUGCUUCUCCACCCUGGGUUUGUGUUGAGCAUAAUUCUAGAAAGUGCUAGUUUAACCAGACUUUUCUCUCCACCACUAGAUCUUUGUCUCUACAAGGGCCCUCAGACACCUCUGCACCUGCUGAGGGGAAGCCAGGCUCCACCGUCGGCUUCUGGAGCCUCCGCUGCUUAAUUACCACAGAUUCCAAAUCUCUAGGCCCCACGAGUGAGUCGCCUGGUCCAAGUACGGCCUGGUCCCACCCUGAGGGAGGCAGGUGUGGAACAGAAGCUGAGCCUCUCCGUGUCCCCAACGGGGCCGUGGGCACCCCCACAGCCCGAAGCAGAACCCUCUGAGCAUUCCAGAGACCGCUGCUCGGGGGCCUGCCCAGGCUGACCAACGGGCGCUCCUGACCACCACCCUGGCGGGAAGGGUGGCCACAGGGCCCGUCGUCCCAGCCUGCGCCUGCCCGGACGGCAUUUUCUCAACUCACUGUUUACUGUCUCUCAGUGUCCAACUGUGAUUAGAAGCCUGGAGCCCGGCCCCUGCACCCCUUUUGCUAUGCACCACGCUUCAUGGUGCUCUUACCACUGAUGGGUGCUACACGCGACGGGUGCUUCUUAGGCAAAACCAAUGUGUGCGAACCGUCACACCUGUGCCACUCGCCCACAAGCCGCGCCCACAAUUGGCCAGCUGGGCCGUGCACGUCAGACUACCUGCCUCGGCUCUCCCCGUGGCCGUGCGGGGACAGCUUGGUGGGUGCCCGGUGGCCCACCUGUCUCUGGUGCUGCCAUCUGUCCUGGGUGUGCCUUCGCCCCAGUGCCUGCUGGAAGUGCCCUCUGUCGCACCCACGUGCCCUGAGCUCCCGUGAGGGGCCCGCCGCGCCCUUUCGCGGUCGAAGCGUUCCGUUGUUCUUAUCUGCCUUUCCUUUCCCCGCUCUCCUGGGAUUGCUUUGGGGGAAUGAGUAUCCUUGGUUCUGCCCUGUGAGGGAGUCGCGUGUCCCUGCUCAUAAAGGAAGGACUUCCUGCAGAAGCUGCGGAAAACUACUGUUCCCUUGAAGGUGUCCCCCACCUCAGGCCUGUCCCCUACCUGCCCUCAGGUAGUUUUCCUGAGGCCAGGGGUUAACAACAGGGACAUCCCUGCAACUUCCCCUUCACAAAAUGUACAAUAUUAGAUGAAGGAUAUGCAACAUCUCGGUCUGGUAAGAACCAUUUCCUCCCCUCUGGGUUGAAGUCCUGGCGUGGCCCCCAGAAGCAGCCGUGCGUGUCACUGGGACGUCUCCAGUAGCCCUUCCCAGGCAGACGCUCCUGGCGGGACGCCAUGGGGCCCACCCAAGGGUCCCACAGAUGUAACCUGAGUGACAGGAGUCCUUGAGGAUGGGAUGGCCUGUGUCACAUGCUUUGUCCUUGAACCUGAGUGAUGGGGGUCCUUAAGGAUGGGAUGGCCCGUGUCACAUGCUUUGUCCUUGUGUUUGGUUGUAUCAGGGUCUCUGUUCUGAGUGUGUCUUCCUCUCAUGUACUCAGCACAGUGGGCAGCAGCCUGGGGCGGUGUCCCCUCUCCCAGUGGCGGGCAAGCCUUGUGCUGCUCCGCCCUCGGCCCGUGGGCACCCUCACUUGGCGCUCACCACCUGGGCCAGCCUGGGGCCAUGGCCUCCCUGCAGCUGAGGCCCAGUGGUCCCUCGGGCAGUGGUCAGCCCUCCCCGCGUCACAGGGCCCUGGCAGUAAGUGGGAAAGGGGGGCGCACACUGUAUGCUUGGGAGUGUUGCUUGUUUACCACAUGUGACCAAACUCCCAGCAGGACAGAGCUGCUCAGUACUUUACAGAAACCAACUGAGUCCUUUGUGCAUGAAUUAAGCUGGUCUGCUUCCCCAUCACCUUCGUAACAAAACAAUGUCCCCUCUCCCCUUGCCUCGAGCAGUUUCUCUAGGACACUGUGGCUUGGGCUGCUCCCUGCUGCCAGGCACGCUGGGCGGCUGGCCUGGGCCCGGCUCACGUGAAGGGCACUGGCUCUCGUGACCACACUGAGCCACGUGCAAGCCACAGCUGGGCCUGGAAGCCUGACCCUCUGGUUCUAGGGCUUGUCCAGCGGAGCCUGCAGAGCUAGAAGUUGGGGUGUGUCUGUGAUAUGGGGGCCAGGCUGGGAGUAGGGCCUUUCCAGCAGGUUUGGGUGGCUCAGUGAGGGUGUGGAAGUGGGGGACCCAUGGGGCCUGGCUUUGGGACUAGACAUGCCAGCGCCAGCUGGGCUGGAGGGAGCCUGAGUAAGCCCCAACGUAUGCUGGGCUUUUCAGCUCGCCGUGCUCUGGUGACACACAGGCGGCCAGGUUGGGAUUUGUGUCAAUUCUAGGAGCCGUCAAGCAUGAAAGUGGUGCUGUCCCCUGAGCGCAAGCCUCGCCGGGGCCCUGGGCGAAGACCUGGACUUGCAGAUGUGUGUUCCCUGUGCAGGUGGACAGAGGGGGCCCUUGUGACCCAGGUUGCAGCCCCAUUCCGCCACCCCUUCCUCCCCGAGCAGCCUCUGCUGAGGGGCAGCACCUGUGUCCCUUUGAUGCCACAACAGCCAGUUGAACAAGGGAGCCCUGUGCUCAGGCAGCUUCUCCUGCCUCUCCCUCGUUUCUCCUUCCCUGCCCCAUCCCCAUGCCCUUCUUGGCUUGUGGCGCCGGGGAGCCACGGUGUGGCGUACUGGGGCUCCUGCUCCUUGGGCCACUUCCUCAGCCCGGGCCCCACAGGCCCACCGCCUCUCAGGGCUCCCACUGCACUGGCUGUGGCAGGAGGCUUCCCCAUGACCCCGUGUGGCCCAGCUCAGUAAGAAUGCAGUUCCAGGCACAGCCCCUGGGACAGCCAGCUGCCUCCCAGACCACUUCAGCCUGCUCCAGGGUCCUCAGUCACCCUGGGCCAGGGGCCACGUGUGCCAUGGAUGUCGACCAUGCCAAUGUCACAUUCCAGCACCCCCUUUGCUUGAUGGCGUCUGGUGGUAGUCACCAUGGUGGACCCAUAUCCUACAGCCAGAGGUGAUGUCGGACAAAGGAAGGGGGGUCUGGAUGGGUCCUUAAACAACCAUUCUGUCUCCAGCGGGGUCAUUCCUUGUCAGCCCAAGGGAGGGCCGGGGAGUACACUGAUUCCAACAGCUGGGCUGACACCUCCUUUCUCCCCUGCACAGGGAGGAUUGGCGCGAGGACCAUCACCCUGUGCACAGCCCCGGCAGGGUGGCAGUGCCACUGUCUCCUUGAGCCGUUGCAGGGUUGGGCGGGCGCAGACUCCCCUUGCGGGCCCCUUGCUCAAUCCCCGGCCCUCCCAGACUCCUCCCUCUACUGGGGGUAAUUUUUGUGUCAGAAGGGCUCUGGCAGAGCUGUAAAAUAUUGUUUUUUAAAAAUUUUAGUCCAGAUCUUUACUUAUUAGAUUGUAGAAGGAGAGCUAGGGAGAGUGCUGGGAGCCCCUUUGCUUUUGUGUCUGUGAGAUGAAUGAGGGUCUGUCACCCAAAUCUACUUCUCAGCCCAUGACCAUAGUUCUGUUUUCUGUUUGCAAAUCUCAGUAGUUCUGUUUUCUCCAAAGUAGAAUGUGCCCACCGGGGCCCAGGCCAGGUGAGGUCAGUGUCGGCAGGCUACCUGGUCAUUAUUGCUGCCUCAUCCAGGCUGGUGCCGAUGGUCACGGGCACGGCGGCAUCAGGGAGCCGGGCCAGCAGGCAGUGUGAGGCAGGGCCAGCCUCACUGCAAGGGUAUUUUCUGCCUGACCCUGGUGUGCCCCACACGCGGUUGCAGGGCAGACGUGUGAAGCCUCGGCCCUGUCGGGGCUGGCAGGUGUGCAGGUGAGGACGCUCCGGUGGCCAAGCAGAGCGUGCAUUUCAUUUCUCCUUUUGCACUGUGUCUAGUCUGUCUUGUGAACUCUCACCAUGAAAAGAGGCUAGAAGUCCAGGAUCGCUGUACCACUCCUGUAAUUAGGUGAUGAUUGGUUUUGACAACUUGGUCCCCUCAGACAAGUAAGAUACCCUCCAACAGCAAAUUCAAUGACUUAAUUGGAAAACACACGAGCCGGCAUGAUGUCCGGUGAUUUCUGUAAGAAACGCCUGUAGGAGAAGUUCUGCGAAGUGUAGAGGGCAGUGUCGACACUGCACGGCAUCUGCAGAUACGCAGCCUCUUCUCUGCCGGUGCCUCUGUGUUCGGUUCUGUUACCCAAAAACAAAGACCAAAGAAGGCCAAUCUCUCAUUUGACCCUGUCUUUUUAAUCUGCCUGUUUUAAAAGUUGCGUCUGUAGUAGCCGCUUGCUGUGAGGACACAUCUUGACAGUCCAAGUGAUUUUGUGACCAGUGAUUCGGGUCCUGUUUUCCGCUCUUCUAAGAAAAAAAAAGACCGUCAGUUAUUGCCCAGCAAUAAUCAUGUUGUUACUGUGAGUUAGCAACAUGCCUGACUUUCUGAUAGCAUUACUGUUUUAUAUUUUUGUUUAUUGUAUAUUAUGUGUGGUUUUAUUUGGUAUUUAUUUGUGUUUUGAGGUCUUGCAAUGUUUUUGUGUUUCUGAUGCUAAUAACUGAAGUUUGUAAGACUGUAGAAUGCAAAACUCAGAGAUGCUAAACUGUCUUAUUAGAGGAAAAUAAAUCUGAUUAUGGAGUCUCA